AUGCCAAAUCGCUCAAUAAGUUGGCCUACCUUAACCAUUCAUGCCUUCCCCCAGCUGUCCAAGUACCAGGACCCAGCGUGCUUCACGUACAACCUGAACCACGUGGUGCUGCUGGUGGGGUACCGCCUGGUGGGCAAAAACUCGCGCUUCCCCCACAUGGCGCCGCCCUUCUGGAUCAUCCGCAACUCAUGGGGGCCUGACUGGGGCGAUGGAGGUCACAUGCACAUGGACAUCCACGGGGGGGAUGGCGUCUGCGGCAUCAACUCCCUGCCGGGCCUCUACCCCGUGGUCAGAGAGGACGCAUGCAAGGCAGCCAAGCGCAACCCGUGUGCGGUGGGCACGUGUAUUAAUGACGGGGCGGGGUCGUACUCGUGUGUGUGUCCACCGGGCUUCAGGCAGGGCACCACCAUUGAUGGCACCUUCUCCUGUGCUCGAGUGUGCAUUCGCAACACGCUGCUCUGUAAGGGGUCCGGAACCAAGGCUUGUGUUUCCUACACCUACACUUCUGACCUAACCUUGCCCCCGCUCUUCCUCCUCAUCGCUCGAGUCCACGUGCAGUUCCAUUCUCUGUCUUUCCGCUCGUCACUCAAAAGCUCCUGCCCCUCCACGCCUGCGUGGGUGCAUGCCGUGUCUCUCAUGCCUCUCAUGCCCUUGUGGGUGCAUGCCAUGUCUCUUAUUCUUCACCCUCGUUGUGUGCAGUCAUCGGUGUCGUGUGGAGACCCCAUCCCACCCUCCACUGUGCUCAAAGUGGCCAGCCCAGCCUCUCUCAUCCCCUGCUCCGUCUUCUACACCACUCAGCAGGGAGACACCUGUGCGGCCGUAGCUGAGUACUUCCAAAUGGACUCGUCUUGCCCAUCUGACACCUGCACGGCUGCCUUCCAGGCGCUCAACCCCAGCUUGGACUGCAACUAA